UUAUAUUUUCUUGAAAUUAGUGUCAUGGUGUGAUCAAAAAUUUAUACAAACGUCUUCAUUGUUUACAUUUUUGAAGAGUAAGGGUGCAUUCGAGAACAGAAAGCAUAAGACAAGCAAAGAGCAAACAAUACGAGGCGUGCGUUGCACUUAAUUCAUUGACGUCAAAUAAAAAAAAAGCGCAGCUUUUUCACUCUGUGGUCAGUUGUAAAAUAUUAGGUGAAAAUAAAUUCUAUACGAAAAUGCUGGAGCAAAGAGAACAAAGAAUCAUGAAACCAAAAAUAUUGUUUUCUCUAUACCUGUUUUUGUGUUGCAUAAAAACGAUUAACGCAGAAGUGUAUACGGCGUUGGCGGAAAUGGAAGAACUACUAGAGACUGAAGCUGUAUUAAUUAGUAACUUAGAAGGUUUUAUUAGAGUACAACAAGAUAAACUGGAUUAUUUGAAAACUAAAAUGCAAGAAUACCAAAGAGAACAUGAGGAGGCAGCGACGGAUAUAUCUGUAUAUGUAUCAAAUCCUAUAAAUGCUUAUUUGUUAACAAAACGUUUAACCACCGAUUGGAGGCAAGUGGAAAAUCUUAUGGCGCACGAUGUUGGAAUAGGAUCGCACAUAGAUUUCUUAGAUAACAUAACAAAUUAUCGCAACGUACUGAAAUUUCCUUCAGAUGAGGAUUUAAAUGGUGCGGCGGUUGCAUUAAUGCGUUUACAGGACACAUAUAAUUUGGACACGUCGAGUGUAGCUCGGGGUGAAUUGAACGGCAUACAAUACAGUACUGAAAUGUCUUCAGAUGAUUGCUUUGAAUUGGGUCGCCAAUCUUAUGUAAAUCAUGAUUAUUAUCAUACGGUAUUAUGGAUGAAAGAGGCCAUGUCACGUAUGAGAGAGGAGCCCAAUAAUAGAACGCAAUCAUUUACUAAAGCUGAUGUUUUAGAAUAUUUAGCAUUUUCCACUUACAAACAAGGUAAUGUGGAGACGGCACUAUUAAUGACGAACGAGCUACUUCAACUGAUACCGAAUCAUGAACGUGCUAAUGGGAAUAAAGUUUACUAUGAAAAAGAAUUGAAAGAAAUAACCAUGAAAAAGAGGGUGAAAGGAGACGACGGUUCUGACGAUACGCCCAAGUCUGACUUGCCUAUCUCUAAAGCUGAACCAGCCGUGUUCGAUUACAGUGAACGCAAAACUUAUGAGUUAUUAUGUCAGGGUAAACUUAAGCCCACAUCGGCUCAGUUAAGAUCGUUAAGUUGUCGUUAUGUCACAAAUGAGGUGCCAUUUUUGAAAAUUGGUCCCUUCAAAUUGGAAGAAGCUUCAAAGGAUCCUUACAUUGUUAUCUAUCACGAUGCCAUGUAUGAUAGUGAAAUUGAAAUUGUCAAGCGAAUGGCAAAGCCUCGUUUUCGGCGGGCCACUGUACAAAAUGCGAUAACUGGUGAAUUGGAAACGGCGAAUUAUCGGAUCAGUAAGUCGGCUUGGUUGAAAACCGAGGAACACUCGAUUAUAGCCAACAUUGUGCAACGUACCGAAGAUAUGACUGGUUUGGAUAUGUUAUCAGCCGAAGAGUUGCAAGUAGUUAAUUACGGUAUUGGUGGCCAUUAUGAACCACAUUUUGAUUUCGCUAGGCGUGAAGAAGUGAAAGCUUUUCAAGGCUUAAAUACCGGCAAUCGGAUAGCAACGGUAUUAUUUUAUAUGAGCGAUGUAGAACAAGGGGGAGCUACCGUUUUCACUGCUAUUAAUAUUGCCUUGCGCCCAAGAAAAGGUACGGCCGCAUUCUGGUUUAAUUUACAUAAAUCGGGGGAGGGAGAUUAUAGAACGCGUCAUGCUGCCUGCCCAGUACUUACUGGCUCUAAGUGGGUUUCCAAUAAAUGGAUACAUGAACGCCGUCAGGAAUUUCGUCGUCCUUGCGGUUUGGAGCCCGAUCAUGGCGAAUUCGCCAUAUAGUGCAAUAAAAAAUGUUAUCGAUUAACUUUGGAGAUACAUUUAACGCGUGUUCUAAUGCUCCUUAAAUCUUUGUUGCCUAUAUUUUACUUUUUUCCUAUAUUCUUCCUAUAUGUUAUGUGCAACAGUUGCUUAAGCAAAGAUAAGAUAUAAGAAGUAAAUCUUUUUUUUUUUUUUUUUUU